AUGCCAUCUUUUUCUGACAGCGGCUUCGACGUCAUUGACUGCAGCACGGAGGGGCCCCUGGAGGCCCCGGGGGCCCCCCUGGGGCCCCCCGAGGCUGUGGGGCCCCUGGGGGGGCCCCUGGGGCCCCUGGGGCCCCUGGGGCCCCUGGGGCCCCUGGGGGGGCCCCUGGGGCCCCUGGGGGCCCUGGGGCCCCAGGGGCCCCGGGGGGCCCCCCUGGGGGCCCACGCAGCAGCAGCUUUGACGGGGCCUGCGAGGUUUGGGUCUCGUGAUCUGAUGGAGGCUGAAGAGGCUGAAGAUCUGUAUGGGGGGCCCCCCGAGGGGGCCCCUGGGGGCCCCCCUGAGGGGCCCCCUGCAGGGGCCCCCGAGGGGGGCCCCCCCCAGGGCGCAGAGGCUCCCGAGGCGACCCCGUUCGCAGAAAGAGCAGCAGCAGCAGCAGCAGCAGCAGCAGCAGCAGCAGCAGCAGCAGCAGCAGCAGCAGAAGAGACGCUGCUGCUGCCGAGCUGGGGGGCCCUCGUGAGAGAGACAGUGGCCCGGCGGGGGGCCGAAGUGGGGCGCUUUAAUUCUGGCCUCGAGCGGCAGCGGCUGCUGCUGCACGCGCAGCAGCAGCAGCAGCAGCAGCAGCAGCAGCAGCAGCAGCAGCAGCAGCAGCAGACGCGCAGGAGGGAAGUGGGAGUGAUGGAGGCCCGAGACCUUCUUUUUGUUAACUCGCAGCUGCUCACAGAGCCCUCAGCCAGCAGGCCUUUGGAAAAGUUGGAAAAGAGGCAGCAGCAGCAGGGGGGCCCCCCGGGGGGCCCCCAGGGCCCCCUGGGGGCCUCGGGGGGGGGCCCCAGCUGCUGCUUGCCGCUGCGGGGGCCCCAGCAGCAGCAGCAGCUGCACGCAGGCCUCCACACAGCGGGCCACAGGAGCAGCAGCAGCAGCAGCAGCAGCAGCAGCAGCAGCAGCAGCAGCAGCAAAGCGGAGAAGGAGCAGCAGCCGCAGUUCCCCAGGGGCCCCCAACCCCUCCCCGCAGUCAGCCCCAGGAGGCCCCGGGACACAGAGCCUUCAGAAAAGCUGCUGCCGGUGUCUCUGCGGAGUUCUGCUGCAGCAGCUGCUGCAGCAGCUGCUGCAGCAGCUGCUGCAGCAGCGGGGGGGCCCCCGCAGCAGGGGGCAAACCCUGAGGGGGGCCCCCUCAAGGACCCUGAGGGCCCCCGCGCUGCCUCCCAAGACCCCGAAGCAGCUCUGGGGGCCCCCCAAGAGGCCCCUCCCGCUUCCCCCGAAGCUCCCUGCGGGGCCGCCCCCCCGGGGGCCCCCCUGGAGGCUGCGGCUGCGGAACUGGAGCGGGAGAUGCAGUGCUGCCUGGCUGGGGUGUACGGACAGCAGGAGGAGACUCCAAACGCAGAAAGUGCUGCGCUGCUGCUGCUGCUGUCUUGCACCAGAUCCACUCCCAACAGCAACUCCAGUCCUUCUCUUUUGCGGAGAGUCCCGGGGCCCCAGGACCCUCUCCGGAGGCCCCGGGUCUCCCCCCUCCACCGCCACGUGGGGGGCCCCCAACUCACAGACGCCGCCGCCUCGGGGGCCCCCAAACGCAGGAGCAAGGGGGGCCCCCGCGAGGGGCCCCCGGGGGACCCCCAGGGGCCCCCCGAGGCGGGACCCCAGGGGGGCCCCCAGGGGGGCCCCCAGGGGGGCCCCCAGGGGGGCCCCCAGGGGGCCCCUCAUCAAGAAGAGGCCCUUGGGGAAGAGGCAGCAAAAGGGCCUCUGGCUGCUGCAGCUGUUGAAGAGCAGCUAAAUAAAGGCUGUGGGAUCGGUGGGAUCGAGGGGUCUGGGAUCGUGGGGUCGGGAGUCGACUCCCGAGGACGAUCCCAGUCCCCAACUUCCGACUCCCGCUGCUGCAGCAGCGCCCCACAGGGGGGCCCCCGGGGGGGCCCCCGGGGGGGCCCCCAGGGGGCCCCUGCAGACCUGCCGGGGCCCCCAGAGGAACUGCUGCAGCCAGGGGGGGCCCCUGCUGCGGCAGAGGGCACAGGAGAACCCCCAGCUGAGGGGGGCCCCCUUGGGGGCCCCCCAGAGCUGGCCCCUGAACCAGCAGCAGCAGCAGCAGCAGCAGACCCAGAGGGGGCCCCCUGUGACUUCAUGGACUUUGCAGAUGGCAGUAAGGGUCUAGAAGAAGAAGAGGGCCUCUUCGAGGGGCCCCAGCCGCUGCAGGGGGCCCCUCGCGGGGCCCCCUUGGGGGGCCCCCCGGAGGGGGGCCCCCUUUUGGGAGCAGCAGGGGUUUCAAAAACGAACCCUGAAGCAGCAAAGGAAACAGCCCACAGUAUUGGGGCCUCUAGUCCCUGUGGGGCCCCCCAGGCCGAAGCAAUAGAGGCCCCAGAGGAGUCCCAGGGGGGCCCCCAGGAGGGCCCCCAGGAGGGCCCCCAAGGGGGCCCCCAGGAGGGCCCCCAAAGGGACCUUUUCGAAGAGGGGCCCCCGGAAGGGGGCCCCUCGGGGGGCCCCCCCGAGGGCCCCCGCCAGACCUCCUUGCCCGAAUUUCCGCUCCCAGAAAAGACCCAAGAGGACUUCAGAGAAAAAGAGAGUUGGGGCCCCCUUCUAGCAGCUCCCCACAAAAGAGAUGCUGCUGUUAGCUGCGGGUUGCAGCAGCAGCAGCAGCAGCAGCAGCAGCAGCAGCAGAAUGACCAGCGGCAAGAGCAAGGGGAGCCGGAGCAGCGCCACCUGCUGCAGCUGCAGCAGCAGCAGCAGCAGCAGCAGCAGCAGACAGGCCCAGCAGCAGCCUCAACCCAGCCGAGCCUGCAGGGCCCCCCAGGGGCCCCUCUCCAGCUCUACAAGGUGCAGGGGGCCCCCCCCCUGGGACAGAGACAGGGGGCACCCCCAGGGGGCCCUGAGGAGAGGCUGAGGGGGCCCCUUGCAGCAGAAGAGGGGCCCCUGGGGGCCCCCUUUGUCCAGAGGGCCCCUGCUGCAGGGCCCCCUCUGCAGCCCCUGUGCGCAGCAGCAGGGGGGCCCCCAGGGGAGAGGGGCCCCCUGGCCUAUGGGGGCCCCCUGUCCCAGCGGCAAAGUUUGGAGAACUUCUCUGCAUGGAAACCCCCCAUUUGCUUGAGCAGCAGCAGCAGCAGCAGCAGCAGCAGCAGCAGAAAUAGUUUGUUUGCUUCUGUCCCAGGAACCCCUCGGGAGAGUCUUCUGGGGGCCCCCGAGUUAGCUGCUGGGGGGCCCCACAGCAGCACCUUUUUGGGUACUGUGGGGCCCCACACCCGCCCCUCUGUGGGGCCCCACACCCGGCUGCUGCAGCCGCUGCUGCGGGGGGCCCCUGCUGCUCUCCAGGGGCCCCCCGAGCAGCCGCUGCUGCUGCAGAACUACGCAGCCGGGUGUAUAUACACCACACGCCUCACUGCCACAACCUACAGCUGCUCCCUGGGGGCCCCAGCCAGCCCCCCCCUCCUCCAGCAGCAGCAGCAGCAGCAGCAGCAGCAGCAGCAGCAGCAGCAGCAGCAGUUGUGCACAGCAGAGCUGCCUGGGAGGUGCCCCCGGGGCACUUUGUUCUCCCCCGUGGGGGCCCCCCAGGGGAUGUAUGAGGGCCUCGAAAGCCCCAGGGGGCCCCUAGAGGGUACUAGGGUACAGGGGGGCCCCCGGAGGCGGCGCUCUAUAGAGGCCUGGGUAGCUGCCCCGCUGCCGCUGGAGAGCUGGGGGCCCCCAAGCCCCCGGGGGCCCCCCUUGGGGGCCCCUGUGCAGCAGCAGCUGCGCAGCAGCUCGGAGAUCUUGCCUGUGGGGCCCUUUGCCUGCAGCGGGGCCCCUGAGGGGCCCUUCAGAAAGAACUGCAGGAAGGCCAGGCCGGCAGCAGCAGCAGCAGAAGCCGCAGCAGCAGCAGCAGCAGCAGCAGCAGCGCACCAGGCGAAGUGCGGCAGCAGCAGGGGCUGCAGCGCGGGGGCCCCCGAGGGGGGCCCCCCCAACUCCAAGAAGAAACUUUUCUUAGGGGGGGCCUCCCGGAUUUUUGGCGGCAGCAAAAGGCAGGGGCCCAGGGGCCUCAGCAGCGGGGGGCCCCCGCAGCUUCCCCGCUCCCCACGAGACGCAGCAGCAGCAGCAGCAGCAGCAGCAGCAGCAGCAGCAGCAGCAGCAGCAGCAGCAGAGCCAGCAACAGUUUUGAGGCUCGUGCGCAUCGCGCCCCCGACAGACACAGAGGAACGCGCCAUUUCAUCGCCGAAUCUGCUCAUGCAGCAGCAGCAGCAGAAGCAGCAGCAGCAGCAGCAGCAGCAGCAGCAGCAGCAGCAUACCUACGUCGAGCAUCCGCUGCAGCAGCAGCAUGGCUACGUGGAGCAGCCACUGCAGCAGCAGCAUUCCUACGUGGAUUUGCCGCUGCAGCAGCAACAUGGCUACGUGGAUCUGCCGCAGCAGCAGCAGCAGCAGCAGCAGCAGCAGCAUUUCUACAUGGAGCAGCCGCUGCCGCAGCAGCAGCACUGCUACACGGAACAGCCGCUGCAGCAGCAGCAGCACUGCUACGUGGAGCAGCCACUGCAGCAGCAGCAGCACUGCUACGUGGAGCAGCCGCUGCAGCAGCAGCAGCACUGCUACGUGGAGCAGCCACUGCAGCAGCAGCAGCAGCACUGCUACGUGGAGCAGCCGCUGCAGCAGCAGCAGCACUGCUACGUGGAGCAGCCGCUGCAGCAGCAGCCCCCUGCUGCGCAGCACCAUUGCCCGCUGCAGCAGCCGUCGCAUUUGCUGCAGCAGCAGCCACCGGCGUUUCUUGUGCCUCAGGACGAGCAGCAGCAGCAGCAGCAAGCGCAUCUCCACGCGCUGCAUCAGCUGCAGCAGCAGGCCCCGUUCCCCGUGCAGCAGCAGCCGCUGCACCUGCAGCAGCAGCAGCAGCCGCAGCAGCAGCAGCAGCAGCAGCAGCUGGUGCUGCUGCACGGAGACGGCGACGCAGCUUCCCGCUGGCCCUUGGCCGUGGGGGCGGUGCCCGGCGCGCCGCUGGGGGCGCUGCUGGCCCCCUCACACCCAGCAGCAGCAGCAGCAGCAGCAGCAGCAGCAGCAGCAGCAGCAGCAGCGCCGCUGCAGCGCAGCAGCCCCUGCGCCGUGGCCGAGGCCCUCGCACUCACCGGCAAAGCCCUCAGAGCUGCUGGGGCCCGCCUGGCCUCAGGGCUGGGCUCAGUGCUGCGGGAAGUGGCAGCAGCAGCAGCAGAAGAGACUUUGGGCAUUUUGCGCAGCAGCGUCGAGGGCCUCGAGCAGCAGCAGCAGCAGCAGCAGCAGCAGCAGCAGCAGCAGCCGCUGCACCGCUGGCAGCAGCAGCAGUUCAGACGCAGAGUGCCCCUUCUCAAGCUCCCAGCCAAAACGCCGGACCCCGCGCUUGAGGGGGGCCCCCUCCAGCUGGAGGAGGGGCCCCUCGGGUACAGGGGGGCCCCCAAGGGGGGCCCCCUUGGGGGCCCCCUGGAGGCCUUGGGGGCCCCCAAAGAGGGGCCCCCCCCCCCUUUGGCCUUAAGCUGGCGCCCCACUGAGGAAACCCUCGAGCGCGUCCCGUCUGCUGCGGACGCCCCAGCAGCAGCAGCAGCAGCAGCAGCAGCAGCAGCAGCAGCAGCAGCAGCAGCAGCGGGAGAGGAGACGGAGUCGGAGGGAGAGGAGGGGCCCUCGUGCUGCAGCGCAGCAGCAGAAAGGGCCCCCCGCACCCGCUUGCUGCUGCUGACCCAACUAGGAGGGGAUAAUGACCUUCUUAUGGGGCCCCUCGAGGAGGGGCCCCCUGAAGAAGAAGACUUGAUCCUGGGGGGCCCCUCGCUGCCCCUGGGGGGGCCCCCAGCCUUCUGGGGGGCCCCCAAGAAAGCCCAAGACAGCUUUCAGCAGCAAGCCCCCCCGCAGCAGCAGCAGCCCAAGCAGCAGCAGCAGCAGCAGCAGCAGCAGCAGCAAGAGGCUCCGAAGCAGCAGCAGGGCUGCCGCGUUGUGCAGCAGCCAGUGCCCCUGCCCCCACUACCCCUGGGGGGCCCCCCGGGGGGCCCCCCAGAGGACCCUGAGGCCCUCGAAGCCAGCCAGCGCUUGGCUGCCCGCUGGCGCUCCCCCCCGAGGCCCCAGGGCCCUGUGGCUGGGGGCCCCCUAGCAGCAGGCUGGCUCAUGGGGGCCUCCCUUUAA